AUGACUCCUAAAGAACAGAGAAAACAACGAAAACGAUGGGUUGAAAACAAUAGAAGUUAUAGGAACAAAACAAUGGAACGAAAAAUUCUAGUCGAAAAACUACCUGCAAGUGAUAAUGAAAAUGAUGCCAUACAGAUUAAUGAUGGCAAUAUUAAUUUAAAACUAAAGAGACGAUUAGGUCUAGCUAGAACGUCUCUGCAUCGUCAAAGAAAGAAAUUUGAACAAGAGGUAAAAAAGCUAAAAAGAGAAAACAAAACUUUGAAACAAAAAAUUAGAAGAAAAAUAUCAGUGGACUCCGUUCCUCUGAAGGAAAUUUCAAGUAAUACAAUGCCCAUGACAAAAAAUGUGAUGCCUUAUAAAAACCAAAAAGAUGAUUUACAGGUUGAAAACCUUAUACCUUUAAACCUGAAUACUGUUAAAGGUACUAUGAGUGUUCACAACAUUGUUUGGACUAAAGAAGAAAACACUGUUACUUUGAAAUCAUUAACUUGUCAAAGAUGCAGGAUUGGGAGCACAUGUCUCCAUUAUAAUAUUAAUACUAUAAAAAGGUGUCCAGUAUUAAUACAGCCAAAAUACACUGAUUCUCAACCUCAAAUACAGCGCAUAUCAACUGAUUCUCAACUGCAAGUACAGCCUACAUCGACUGAUUCUCAACUGCAAGUGCAGCCCACAUCAACCGAUCCUGAACUACACGACGAAGAACUGAAGAGCAUAUCAGUAGGAGAUUGGGUUGUGGUAUUAUAUCAAGAUGAUUGGUAUCCAGGUAUUGUCUUGGAAAAUAUUUCUGGACAGUUAAAAAUUGAUUUUAUGGUUAGACAAAGUGAGCAUUUUUGCUGGCCAAAGACUUCAGAUACGCAAAAGGUUGCCGAGGCGGGUGUACUCUAUAAAAUAAUAAAACCUCCUGUGCCUAUCAGUUCAAAGCUAUUUUUAAUUCCAGAAAAAGACUUAAUUAAUUAUAUAAUAAACAAUUGA